CCUCGUGACGUCACGGGGAGAGCUCGGGAGCGCGUCAGCAGCGCUUCCAGGAAACAGCGCUCGCCCUUUAAAGAUCACAGUCAAGCCUCAGAAGGAUCUUUAGAGGAAUCGCAGACCUCCGGAAAAACAGCCGAUAUCCCGUCAUUUCCAUCGUCUAUCGCGACAUGACGACCGGGAUUUAAAAUUACGCCUUCAUACGUCAACAUUUAGUUGCCCCCAUCCAGGUCUUUUUUAUACAGCACUAUGCCAGAACAAAGCAAUGAUUACCGGGUGGUUGUAUUUGGAGCUGGAGGAGUGGGCAAAAGCUCCUUGGUCCUGCGCUUCGUGAAGGGAACGUUUCGCGAGAGCUACAUCCCCACCAUCGAGGACACCUACAGGCAGGUGAUCAGCUGCGACAAGAGCAUCUGCACGCUGCAGAUCACAGACACCACGGGCAGUCACCAGUUUCCCGCCAUGCAGCGUCUGUCCAUCACCAAAGGCCACGCCUUCAUCUUAGUGUACUCCACCACCAGCAAACAGUCUCUGGAGGAGCUCAAGCCCAUCUUCGAGCAGAUCUGCCUGAUUAAGGGGGACAUCGAGAGCAUCCCAAUCAUGCUAGUGGGCAACAAGAACGACGAGGUGAGCGCUCGUGAAGUGGAGAGCGGUGACGGAGAGGCCAUGGCCAGGAGGUGGAAGUGUGCCUUCAUGGAGACGUCAGCUAAGACAAAUCACAACGUUAAGGAGCUGUUUCAAGAGCUACUAAAUUUAGAGAAACGCAGGACUGUAAGCCUUCAGAUCGACGGCAAGAAGAGCAAGCAGCAAAAACGAGCCGAGAAGCUUAAAGGCAAAUGUGUGCUCAUGUAAAAAAAACAAAGUGUGCUUGGAAAAUCAAAACGGUUUCACUUUCAGGACAUUGAUGCUCUGGCUAACACUGUUUACACCUGAAGACAAGAAUAUUGGACAUACACUAACCACAGUGCAUUUGCAGGAACAAGGAUUGAGUGAGACAACUGCUGUUUACUCUGUUUACUUUUCUUUCUUCUGUGGAACACAAAAGUAACAUCUUUGAAGACUAUGCUGGCUGCUCUUUUUCAUAUUUCAAAGGUUAUGCUAUAAAUGUGUUUCUUCAGGAAUUAUUUCCUUGUUCUUUGACACAAUUUCCUGUGGAGAAAUGCCUAAAGAACCAAUGUUAUCAUUUUAAUGAUAUAACUUCCCUAGCUUCUCUCAGAUGUGAUUGUGAUGCCGCUGCAGGUUUGCACCAGAUUUGACGCUGUCCUAGACCAUAAAAAAGAGAAAAUGCCAGGUAAACAGAGGCUAAUGUGCAUGAACCCAAUGGCAGUACUAAUACAUUUUCUUUUAUCAAUAAUCUAGACUAAUGAAAGGCAGUAACGUCAGUCCUGCUCAUAGCUUUAAAGCUGUAGUGUGAAGAGCAGCAUUCCUUACAGCACGGGCUGGGCUACAGUAUAUUAAUGUACUGUACAGUAUAACAAAUACGUCAUAUAUGGCAGUUCAUGAUCGCAUACAUCUUCUGGAUGGAUGCAGCCCAGUAGUGUAGGUAGUAGUCAACUAAAAUAAGCUAAAGGGUUUUUGCUUGUCGUGCAAUUUAUUAUUAAAAUAAGGCUGCUAUAGUUUUAUUUUACUUCCAUAUGCCUUAGAUUGGACUUUCUUUUUAGAAAAAUUAGUUUAAAAAUCUGCUUUUUUGAAAAAGGGAGUUGAAUAUUUUCCUAGUACAGUAUUUGUAUCAAGGCAUAUUCUAAUAUGAAAGGAAAGAUUAGCUAAAUUCACAUGAACAUUAAUUGUAAAACUUAAAUGAAAAUGUUCUUUGUAUUUUUGUCUAGAUAUAUCAUCUAUAUAUAUUUACUUGAGAAGCAAAAUGACUUAAGAUAUUAAAUCUUAAGUUGUUUUCUUAAAAAAUAAAAUCUUUGCUUAAAAGAAGAAAAAUAUCUGUCAAUGGGGUAAGAAAAUUAAUAAUUCAUUCGCAGGAAAAACAAGUAUUUUUCUGGUCUCAUUGGCACAUAUUUUUUCUUGUUUUAAGCAAAAACUAACUAAAUGUUGAUAAUUUUUAUGGAAAACAAGACUUUAUAUCUUAAGUAAUUUUGUCUUGAUUUAACAAUGUUUAGAUAUCUGUAAUUGAAAAAGACAAAAAUACUAAGAAAAUUAGUUUUUGGAGUGUGGCUGUUUCACUUUUGAAUAUUGUACACAAUAAUAAUAUUAAAUAUUAGUUGUUGUUUUUUUCGAGUGAACUAAUAUGAUCUAUCAACUACAUGUUUAGUGAAAUUUCAGCAAGUGCUUUUGAGAGCGAUAUAUAUAUAUAUUUUGUAAUUCUAUAUUUUAGCAUGACAGUGAAAUAUUAAUCAAGUUCAAGUGCUACACUGUAUUGAAACUCACUUGUGGUUAGAGUGACUUAAACGUCUGUAUAUUCACUAUAGUAGAGUACUGGAGACCUUUAAUGCGAUAUUUAACUUGAAUCUGUGCAAAUGUUGCUCAUGAGAAUUUUAUGGAUGCAGGAAUUGCUUAGUCCCAAAGCUUACAGUGGGUUUCUGUUAUACAGUAGGAGUUCUGAUAUAUAUAUAAAAAAAUGUGAUAUUGUUUUGAUGAAAUGCCUGUAUAGACAUCAUGUGUGCCUACAAGUUUAAAUGAUUGUAUUAUAGGUCACAAGAAUAAAUAUUAUUAUGCAUUAAGCUGAAUCACAAUAAUAUGUGUUACUGUACUGGGAGGCUAAUGACAGCUGUCAGUUUUUCUUGAAUCAUACAUUAACUAGAAAUGUAACAUUUACACAUGAAACCAUUUUAAGGGCUGCAGCAGAAACCUGCUACCUUUGAAUUCAAACAGUUGUGUUCAAUUGUUCAGGAGGAGUUGUGGUCAGUCUACCAGCUGCCACGUUUAUGUGUGUACUUAUUCAAACAGAUGAUGCUUUGACUCUGAGCAGAACUGAUGCUGGUGUGUGGGGAAAGGUGGGGGAAGAAUGUGUGUGGUAUUUAGCCUUGUCAGAGUAAUAAGCCCACCUGGCUCAUUACCGGCGAGUCAAGUGGCCUGCAGUAUAAUAGAGCACCUGCCAGCACUUAACAAGCUCUGUCACGAUGAGCUCUGCCAGCCUCCGCCAGCUUCAUGCUCCAUUAAUCUGAGUAAAACAUUCUGCUAUACAGAAACAAGAAAAACUAGCAGCAGCCCGACAGUAAUAUGGUUAAAGGAAACAGCAGUUUAUAAUGACCAUGUGUGUGGACCGUAAGAAAAGAAGAAGAAAAAAUAUGUAGACAGUUUGAAGAACAGCCAGAAAUAUAAUUUCUAUUCACAAAUAAUCUGUCCCUAAUUGUCCAGUUAAAUAUGGUCUACAAUAUAUGGAGCAAAUUUGAUGUCCAUGAAAUCAGACAUCUUUGACGUCAAACCUAACAUGAGAUGAAAUACAAUACUUUUUUUUUUUUUACUAAAUACAAAAUUUACUAAAGACUAGAUACAUUUUUAAAGUUCUUUAAUCCAGGUUUACACUAUAGUUCCUUUACUGAAUUCAUAUUUGUUGAUAAUACAUUACAGUAAACUAAAAUGAAAAAUGUUGUUAGAGUAGCCUUUUGUUCAUUGUUAGUUCAUGACGGCUGCCAAACCUGCACUGAAGAAAGACUUUAGAUAUACAAAGAGGUGCACUCAUAUUACUAUGAAAGGGAGAAAGUGGGGAUUGUUGUAUUUUGCCCCCUAGUGGUAGUCACUUUCAAAUUGGUUGCAAAGCAGGCGUUACCCUUCACUUAUUCAUCAUGUAAAACAUUGAAUAAUGAAUGUAUCGACAUAUGCACAUGAAACAAAAGAUGUUAUAAAAUAAAUAAAUAAAUAAAUAAAUAAAUAAAAAACACCCAGGACUAAUCACCCCUUUUAAUAACUGUAAACAAUUUCUUAGGACAAAAUUAUUCAUACCGACCCAUUUCACAGCAUGCACUUGUCCAUUAAGUCCACAAGACCGUAGGGUGUCCCAUUCAUCAUUGUAGCUUUCAGAAGGGUGCUCACGAGUGCUUUGCGCCCUCGAUGCACACUUCUGCCGAGCCUGUACUGAGGUGAGCUCCGCAGAAGACUUCUACCUGACAGUCAAAGCAGCAUUACAUUACAAAAAUGUGGACUCAGAGGAACACCACGAGGGUUAAGAGUGUGAUUUGGGACAGGGCCGUGGUCGGAACUCCAUGCAGCUCACAUUGGAAAUGAAUGACUUCCGGUCUACGUUUGUCAGAGAUAGUGAAGUGUACUGAGGUUGUCAAGCAUACAUCAUCUGCUCUGAUGUAUACUUUCACCACACUAUCUAGAUAGGCAGCUUGUGGACGAUAUGUUAUUUCGGCUGUGUAUAAAACAUAUAUUAUGUAUCAAAUAGUUAUUUAUAUGUGUAAAUAAGCAAGACCUUUAUUACAGGACAAGGCAAUGUAGCUGUUGUGGU